CGCUGUGCCAUGGCAGCGGUGACGUCACCCGUGCAUUGACUCGCGCUGGCUGAGAGCGAGAGGUUGAACAGACCGAGGGUUAGAGAGCAGCAGCAGCAGCAGCCUGGGCCCACGGACAAAAACUCACCGAAAAGGAUUUACAUUCGCUACGUAUCGUCCUACCAAUCCGAGUUUGCAAAGAGAGUGUGUUUUCCUGCGUUCCUAAAGCCCGAUCUGUCAGGAGUUACAGCGAGUGGGACUCGAUGAAAGAUGACAGAGGAGGUGAUUGUUAUAGCCAAGUGGGACUACACAGCUCAGCAAGACCAGGAACUGGACAUCCGGAAGAACGAGCGCCUGUGGUUGCUGGAUGAUUCCAAGACCUGGUGGAGAGUCCGCAACGCAUCCAACCGCACCGGCUACGUCCCCUCUAAUUACGUGGAGCGCAAAAACAGUCUGAAGAAAACCUCACUAGUGAAGAACCUGAAGGACACACUCGGCCUUGGAAAAACGAAAAGGAAGACUAGUGCCCGUGAUCCAUCUCCCACACCCAGCACAGAGGCAGAGUACCCAUCCAAUGGCAGCGCAGGAGGCGGUGGAGUGGGCGGGGCCGAGCGGAUCUACGACCUCAACAUUCCCGCACUUGUAAAGUUUUCUUACUCAGCUGAGCGUGAAGAUGAACUCAACCUCAUUAAAGGGGAGAGGGUGGUCGUCAUGGAGAAGUGCAGCGAUGGCUGGUGGAGGGGUAGCCAUGCCGGCCGUGUUGGCUGGUUCCCAUCCAACUACGUCCAAGAGGAGAUGGGAUACGCAGACAACGAUGGGGUCUUUGGGGACUCGUUGGGGGGCUUCCGGUCUUUAAAGGUUGGGCAAGGGGCGGCGAUGGCCAACGGCCGACCGGGAGGCUCUGGGAACUCCGUUCUGCAUGUGGUCCAGACUCUGUACCCCUUCAGCUCAGUAACAGAGGAGGAACUGAACUUUGAGAAGGGUGAGACGAUGGAAGUUUUGGAAAAGCCAGAGAACGACCCAGAGUGGUGGAAGUGUAAAAACAGUCGCGGCAUGAUCGGUCUUGUGCCCAAGAACUAUGUGGUAGUGCUCAGUGAUGGGCCAAUAGCGAAGGGUUUAGGGUCAAGUCAUGGCUCCCCUCACAUCAGUCACACAGUUCCCUCACGUACAGGCAAAUUUGCUGGAAAGGAUUGGUACUAUGGUAACGUGACACGGCACCAAGCUGAGUGUGCACUUAAUGAGAGAGGAGUGGAAGGGGACUUUCUGAUACGGGACAGUGAGUCAUCGCCUAGUGAUUUCUCCAUUUCUCUGAAGGCUGUGGGGAAGAACAAGCACUUCAAGGUGCAGCUGCAGGACGGAGUGUACUGCAUCGGUCAGCGGCGUUUUAGCAGUAUGGAUGAGCUUGUAGAGCACUACAAGAAAGCGCCCAUCUUCACCAGUGAGCAAGGAGACAAACUCUAUCUCGUCAAGUCCCUUGCUUGAAUUUGUCGCAGACGUUACCUCUCCCCCAUGCACCUCCGUUCCCUUCUUUUUCUCUUCCUGCGCACUCCUCUGACUUUACUAAAUUCUUGAAAGAGGGGAUGAAGCUCUUUUCAGAAGCAACUUCAAGGACUGUUUGACAUUUCAAAGCCCAAUUGCCUCCACUCCUGUAGGGAGCAGUAGCAACGUAUCAUUCUUUUAAACAGAGAUGUCCGUCCUUGCUAUACGUGCCCUGUUUGUUUUUGUUUUUAAAUGAUUUACAGUCACUUUGAAGGUUUUGGUAAAGAAAAACAGAAUGGGGUUUCACUGAACAACAUCUGUACUCUCUCCCGGCCUUUGGACAGCUGUUUUUCUGCUUUUCCUGUUCCUGGUUAAUCUACAACCUCAACUCACAUUAUAUUGGUUUACAUUUCUCUGCCCAAAAGAGCAUUAUAGUGUUUACACUUGCAGCUCUUGUACUGAAUUAGCAGAGGAGAAUAGAUUCAUGUGCAUGUCUUAACCUUGAUCCUUCAGAGCAGGCGAGCAUUUGUAAUUUGGUUCCCAACAGAUGGUUUGUCUCCAUUCACACAGCUCAUCCGAAGGCCAUGCAACUUCAUGUAUGUUCACACUGCAGCUGCCUAUUGCAUUACACUGUCUGAAUCUGAAUCCAAACUAGUAUUUGAGAUGACAGUCAGAUUUCACCCUGAAAUAAAGCGGUGCUGUCCCAUUCGUUGAGCCUUUACAAACACUGUUUUUGCAUCUACAGUCCCGUCCUUCAUACAUGAAGGCAAUGCGAACAUACGCAGCUUCCAGGUAUUUCUCUUGGAUCCGAGUCGCUUCAGGGUUUCUUCAGAAUCAGGGUACUUCAUAAAGGGAGAAAAAUAUUAAUAAAGACGGCGAUGAAGAGAGAGAUUGUAGCUUCUAAGAGAGAGCAGUUUCUGUAGACAAGGAGAGAUUUUGAAUGUGUGUCCUUUCAACCAAAUGUGCCACCCACUUCCAGUUCUGCUACUAUUGAUGUCUUAUUGCACCUCACCAACAAGUCUUCUCUGCUCUCAGUAACACAUAGUUGAUUGUGAACACUAAUUCACAUGAUAAAACAUGAUUUUAUUUCUUUACUUUUGUCAAUUACUCGACGUCUGUUUACCAAUAAGUGUGUUGGACAAGGGGUUUUCAGAUUAUUUUUUUUUAAAUCUAUUUGUCUGAAUGUUAUUGAGCAAUGUUAUUUAAUUCCUCUUUCCACUGUAUGUACAUAUAUAUAUUAAAAAAAGAUAUGGUGCAUAUAUGAAUCGUUUAGAUCCAGCAUUAUGGUACUGUAUUGAGGACAGUGUGGUGAGAAUUGAAAUACUUUUGUUCAAUAAAAGUUUUGCAAAAUAACUUAAAAGGA